AGAUGCCAGAGACUUACUCUGAGUGAUGUGCGUCAUUGGUAACAAAUGGAGUGCGACUUAUCGGAAGGCAGGGUGUCGCGGUUGACUGACUUAAUGCCUUUCGGUGAUGCGCGCAGUGAGAAUAACUUGACAAAUUUCUCUCAAUUGGAGAAUUUGAAUGACGUCAGUGUUGCUUGCUAUUGUGGAAAUGGGAAAUCCCAGUUUGAUGCUUCCAGUCUCCAACCCAUGGAAAAUAUCGAAGAGUUCGGCCCGCUCUGCAACCUCUCAGCUAGGAACACUGACGGGGAAUCGCUGAGUUUUGAGUUCAACGGAAUCUCCGUUCCUAACUGUGAAUUCGAUUUUUCCACGAAUGGUGAAUCAUUGUUCCGAAUAUUGUCGCCAGUCGCCGCGCAUGGUGUCGAAUCACAGGGGCAGAAAAUUGUCGAAAAUGGGGAUAAGUCUCCUGUUCAUGAGGGAGAAAAUCCCGAGAAACAGACGACGAAAGAGAAUUGUAUUAUGCGCUCAGCCGAUUUGCCGGUGGUAGAAGACCGUUCAAUUGAUAUCCCUGUGGUCGAUCGAAGUGCCUUGAACGAUGAUGGUGCUAAGGAGGAAGAUAGGCGGUUGGAAGAACGCAAAAAGGCACUCCAGAUGCUCAACUUUUUCAAUAAAGUUUCUGCCGGGCGUGUGAGGUCUCCUGCCGAGCUGAAGUGUACCAUCUGUACACCUCAUAAGCUGUUCACGGCGCAGACUUCGUUGGUUUGCCAUUACCGGUCCCAUGCUGGAAUCAAACCUUACAUCUGCAGUACGUGUGGAUCAUCUUUCACCCGCCAACAUAGCUUGAAUUACCACAUGAUGCUCCAUACAAAUGCGAUUAAAUUCAAGUGUGAAGUGUGUCAACACGUUUGUCGUCACCGGUCUCAUUUCAAGGAGCAUAUGAGGAAACACACUGGAGAGACCCCUUUCGAAUGUUCCGAAUGCAAAAGAGGGUUCAAAACACGGAAUACAUACAAGCGGCAUUUGUACUAUCGGCAUGGAAAAAUACUGACAGCUGAAGGCGGCGUGAUCAUCAUGGCUCCGGAGGAGUUCAAGAAAGUCAAAACAAAUCCCAGACCGAAAGGGAAGAGGAAACGUGCUAGAAAAUGCGAUACUGCGUCGGAUUCUGUCGAUCUCGAUACAUGCUAG